AUGACCUCUCUCUGUGUCGUCGUGUUAUGGUGGCGGCCGAUCGUCGAUGAGCAUCGUUUAUUCGUUUUAGCCGUAGCGUUCCCUCAGUGCCAUAAACUGACCAUGGACGAGGUGUACGAGCGCCGAACGAGCAGUCCUCGUCCGGAGGUACUUCGGGAGCACUUUAUUAAAGAAGGUCGCGUCGAAGAAGACGUGGCGAUGAGAAUCAUCGAGGAAGGUACCGCACUGCUACGUUCCGAAGAUACCAUGCUCGAUAUCAAUGCUCCUGUUACCGUUUGUGGCGAUAUCCAUGGCCAAUUUUAUGACCUUAUGAAAUUGUUCGAGGUCGGAGGACCACCGUCUACGACCCAAUACCUUUUCCUUGGCGACUACGUGGACCGCGGAUACUUCAGCAUCGAAGUAAGCGUCUAG